AUGUUUCGCACAGCAGCACCUCCGUCGGUGCCUUCGAGCUUCGGCAACGUCUCGAACGUCACUGGACAUGCAAGCACAUCUGCACCUGGAUCGGUAGCUUAUCAUCACACCGACAAGGCGCUUGCAAGGUAUGCGCACCGACUCAACUUUUACACACUGCCUCCUACCCAUGAGGUGACUAUAGAGCAAUUUGAGUCGUGGGCCAUCGAUCGUCUCAAGGUACUAGCAGAGAUCGAAUCGUCACAAGCUAGGAAUCGUACCUAUGGCGAAACCAAGGAUGCUGUCAACGCGCUCGCCAAGCGUCUGUUGCCGCUCAACGCCAAUACUGCUCUGAAGACCACAGACCUACUCGCUGAGCGUCUCAAGGACCAUGUCAGUCACUUUGUGCUCCGUCUCGCGUUCUGUCGCAGCGAAGAUCUGCGAAGACGCUUUGUCAAGGCCGAGUCUCUGCUCUUCCGUCUUCGCUUCGAGACCGACGACGCAGUGGAGCGCGAGAGCUUUAUGCGUGACCUCAAGCUCGAUUGGCAGCCCGUUUCCUCCGAAGAGAAGAGCAUGUAUCGCGAACAGCUGGUGGCUACCCAUCCCAAAAUGGCCACGACGUUUGAGAGCGAGACGUUCUUCAAGGUCGAUUGGACCCGAGUCACCGACCUGGUAGAGAAGCGAAGGGUGUUCAUGCGAGCAGGCCAAGCAUGGGUGCCGAUCAAGGAGCAGUCCAGUCUCGUUCUUGCCGAGUUUCAAUCGCGCCUGCUUCGUGAUCUCGAGAUGACAGCUCGUGCUCUGCCACGACUCGACGAGGACGACCGUCUCUUGCCCGUCCUUUCCCACCUGAGCAUGGGCUUCCUCGCCGGUAUCUCGACCGAUUACACCGGAUCCAGCAUCACAGCCGAUGGUAGCACCACCGUGACUGCCGGUAUGGUGGAUGCGUUGGUCAAGACGCAUGCCCCCAUGUGCAUGAAGAAUCUCCAGAGCACGCUCACCACCACAGGACAUCUCAAGCACUACGGUAGACUGCAGUACAACCUCUUCCUCAAAGAGCUCGGCUUGCCGGUCGAAGAGGCGCUCGUCUUUUGGCGUCGAAGCUUCAAACACAUAACCGACGACAAAUUCAACAAGGAGUAUCGCUACAACAUUCGACACGGCUACGGUCUCGAGGGUCGACGGAUGAACUAUCCGGCCAAGAGCUGUGCACGCAUCUUGACGCAGGAUCAGCCCGGUCCACAGGACUCACAUGGUUGUCCCUUUCGGCAUUUCUCUACGACGAACCUGUCCACGGCCAUGGUGCAGCACUACGGCCUCAAUCAGGCAGAACAGUCCGAGAUUCUGGCUUCGGUAAAACAAGGCCACUAUCAUGUCGCCUGCACACGCAUCUUUGAAAUCACACACCAGCGGCAGGGUGUCAAGAAGGGUCAGGGCCUCGAUGGCCGAGGUGAGACGGUUACCCAUCCCAACAGGUACUUUGAAAGCAGUUGGAAGCUAGCACACGCCGAGAAUGCUGCGCAAGGCGCGGACCGCAGCCAAACCAGUGACGCAGAUCACGACAUGGACCUCUUGUCUCACGAGGCAGCACCUGAGACAACAUCGCCACAGCAGGCUCGACCCACAGCGGCGGCUGAAGGCAUGGUUGAUUCCUAG